CUGAAGAGAGAGAUAACACCGAGGAGGAGAGUCGGGAAAUGACAGAGAGAUCAUCACUCAACUGAGGAGCAUCGAAGCUGCAGAGCAGGAUACAGAACACGUUCGACAUGAGUCUCCAGGUUUGUGUGUGUGGUUGGUCCAAAGUGACGACCUAUCACGGCCUGAGGAUCCACCAGGGGAAGAUGGGAUGCACAGUGAAGGAGUGAGGGUCCCAGAGAGGAGUUACUCUCCUGAACCUUCCUCCACGGGACGUCCACCCAGCUGAACCAGCCUGAGAUGGACUUCUUCCCCUGGUCUGCCGACUCAGACAUGAUGCUCCAGGUUUGUGAGUGUGGUUGGUCCAAAGUGACGACCUAUCAGGGCCUGAGGAUCCACCAGGGGAAGAUGGGAUGCACAGUGAAGGGAGUGAGGAUCCCAGAGAGGAGUUACUCUCCUCUCAUUCCCUUCACGGGACGUCCAAUCCAGCUGAACGAGCCGAACGAGCCUGUGAUGACUUCUAUAGAGUCUGCCGACUCAGACGAGAGCCUCCAGGUUUGUAAGUGUGGUUGGUCCAAAGUGACGACCAAUCAGGGCCUGAGGAUCCACCAGGGGAAGAGGGGAUGCACAGUGAAGGGAGUGAGGGUCCCAGAGAGGAGGAACUCUCCUCUCAUUCCCUCCACGGGACGUCCAACCCAGCUGAACGAGCCUGAGAACUUUAUUCCUCCUCCCAUCAAGCAUUCGCCGCAGACGCUCAACGGCCACAUUCAUCCGGCAGCUGCCGACGUCACCGCGGACGAGACAAGCGAACCAUUUUUCCAGACUCCUGAGCGCCCUCAUCAUCAAACCGCCACCAACACGGACAAAGCUCGUCGAGCGCUUGAUUUCUCCACCGGCGCGGAGCAGGUGCAGGCACAGAUGUUUGACCUGUUAGAAGUUCACGCUUGGGAGCAAAUGCAGUUUCAUCCCGCUAAUCAGAUCACGACGCCUCCAACAACCACAGUCAGCCCAAGAGAGGACGAAGAGGAGAAGCAGAGGGAGGCGGAAAAACUGCUGAUGAAGGCAAAGCAAGACAAUACGAGGGCGGAGCUACAGCAGAGAAUUCAAAUUAGGGAACUCAAGAUGGCAGAAGUGAAAUUAUCUGUGAAAGGCUUGAAGGUUAGCUUGGACACCGAGUGGCUGGAGAUCAACAACGUCUUCUCCAAGGUGAUGAAAGUCGUGGAGGACGCUCGGCAAAAAGCUCUGCAGCCUCUGGAGGAGAGGAGACAAAGCGUAAAGAGAGAAGCAAAAGAUCUGCUUCAGGGGCUGGAAAGAGAAACUGACGAACUCCAGAAGACCAUCGCUGAGUUGGACGGAAACCCAGACCUUCAGAUCUCUCAGGAUGAACUCACGGAUUGGGACAAUACAAGUGUUGAUACUUCGUUCUCCUUCGGUUCCUUGAGAACUACAACGUCUGCCAUGAUGGAACAAAUUCAGCUGCAAAUAGAAGAGCUCUCCUCUGUUGAACUCAAGAGAAUUCCCACAUAUGCAGUGGAUGUGAAGCUGGACCCAGCUACAGCCCAUCCCUUCCUCACUCUCUCUGACGGUGGGAAGAAGGUGCGAGACGGAGGAAGGAACCAGGAAGUUCCCGACACUCCGCAGAGGUUUGACAUGUUCGGCAGCGUCCUGGGGCUCAACGGCUUGACCUCCGGCAGGUCAUACUGGGAGGUGGAGGUCGGCAACAAGACCGGGUGGGACCUGGGCGUGGCCAGAGGGGACGCAAACCGCAAGGGGAAGCUCUCGCUGAACCCAGACAACGGCUACUGGGCGACUGUGCACUAUGAGGACAAAGGUUACGCAGCCCUGACAGCUCCACGCGUCAGCCUGCCGCUGACAGAGAAACCUCAGAAGGUGGGGGUGUUCGUGGAUUACGAGGAAGGUCUCGUGUCCUUCUACGACACGACGGCUCGGUCUCACAUUUACUCGUUCACUGAGUGUUCGUUCGGCGGAGAGAUCUUCCCGUAUUUCAGUCCGCAUCUCGAGCAAAAUGGUCAAAACGCAGCUCCUCUGAUCAUCUCUUCUGUUGAAAGGCAGUAAAUAAAGCGUGUGUCCGUUACAGUAGCUGAAAAUUACAAUAUAUUAUAUUGUGACAUUAUCAGAGACGCAGAAAAAGAUGGACGACGCAUCUCCACCUCCUCCUGUUACAAAUAUGAAGCCAAAAUAUGCUGGAUACGGGUGUUGCCAUUAAAAUGUCCUCGUUGUAGGGAUAAUAAUGGAUCUUAUUUUAUUAGCUUUUUCUUAUCUUGCGCUUUUGACAUCAUUUGGAGCCAGAGUCGUUUUAUUUAACAGGUACUUUGACUUUUUGGGUUGGUCCAUGUCCCACCCAUUAACAUGGAGCUAUGCCCUAUACGCAGCCAGCCAGCCAGGCUGUGUGAUGGGUACACAUCUGUCUUUCUGCUGGUUGUGGUUUAAUGUAAACUGUAUUUCAUAAAUCCUGUUACACGAAGAGGGUUUAAAUGACGAGAGCUUUUUUCUAUGUUUUUUAUUUCUGUGGUGUUGGUAUAAAACAAAUAAAACUUUAUAACCUGA